CUCUCUAUAUCUCUCUCUAUAUCUCUAAAUCUCCAUCUCUCUCUCUCUCUCUAAAUGGAAGCACUUAGCUUUAUGAAAUUCUGGCUAACCAACGCCAACGGCAAUAAACCCCGCCGUGAAAUCAGAAUCUCAGAAUCCGCCGUCGAAUCUACUACCGCAUUUGGAGAAACCGAAACCGAAGUAGAUCUCUGCGGCGGCGAAGGAGAUGAUUCCUUCUUCGAGCUCGAGAUCUCUCUCUCCGACUUCUCCUUAAAGGAAAACAAAACCCCUGAAGAGAGAGAAGAAAAACAGACAACGACUUUCUCUGGAGUCUCCAAGAGCAAAGUCCUCCCUUUCGUCGAAAUCGCUUCCAAACCUCAAUCUCCGAUCACUCUCUUCAAAUCCGGUCAAAAGUUUCGUGCUUUCUCCUUCAAGAAGUCAAAACCCGUCGAAACUGAAAAGUCAACGACGUCUGAGAAGAGAGAAAACACCAGCAGAAGCCUCAACGUAAGGUUCAGAAUCGAAGACGAAACAACAACAAGCUUCAGAAAAACGGCGAGCAUUGCGAGGUCACAAAUUAAAGACGACGCGACGUUGGACGGCUCUGUUUCCCCUGUUUUUGUUUCAUCUUCUUCUUCUUCUUCUUCCUCCUCGAAGAGAUUCUUUGAUCUAAUAAAGCCUCUAUACACUAAAACAACGAAGAAACAGAGCACCAACAGUGUAUCUACAUCUCCGGCGUCUUCACCGGCGGCGAGAGAGAAACAGAGGAGUAAUAUCCCGUCGGGGAUUCGGAGCGUGAGGAGGCAGCUUGGGAAGAGCCGGUCGGCGUCUGCGGCGGUCGGAGGUUUGUCUCCGGCGAAGAGAUUCGACGAGUCUUUACAAGUGCAACAAGAUGGGAUUCAAAGUGCGAUUCUCCAUUGCAAGAAAUCGUUUCAUGGUUCGAGAGAAUUGUCUAUGUUAUCGCGAUCUACUAGUGAAUCUUCUUCACAAGAGAAACUCAGUACUUCGUCCUCUGAAGAUUCGUAUUUAUUUUCAAGAAUUGGAAGCGAUACAAUGUCGGAGAAAUCAAUCGAUAGCCUGACUUCAAUCAAGGAACAGAGGGAGAAGAUUAGCGAUUAGGUUUUAUAUUGGAGAAGAAAAAGAAAAGAAAAAUUAGGUGGCAGAAGUUUUAGUUAAAAUCAAAAAAAAAAAAAAGUUAGUUUAAAAUGACGAUGAUGAUGACAAAACAGAGAAAUCUUGUUGCAGGAUCAGCAUAGUCUCUGAUUAAUUAAGAGUCUUGUUUUCGCCUUUGUAUAGUGAUGGAUCAUUAUGUGAUUCCUGACACCUAGAAAAUUGAAGGAAAAAAAAUUCAUAGUAAAUGUAUAUUUA